CCGGGGGGUUGCUGAACCUUUGGAGUUUGAUAUGAUGGUUAGAGAAUAACCAGACUGACACGUCGCAAAUUUGGCAUAAUCAAGGAGAACUUUUCCAGGUGGUGGUCUCUGAAAUUGCUCAGUGAGCACCCCUAAUUAACCUGAUUUUUUGGUGAUAAUCACUCUCAAUGGAAUCAAAUCAAAAACCCGGGGAUGGAUUGGCCGGCACACAGAAAGAAGCUGCUCUCCACACAUUAAUUCAGCGCACGGGAUAUAAAUUGACGCAGGAAAAUGGACAAAGAAAGUAUGGAGGACCACCACCAGGUUGGGAUGGACCGCCACCAGAACGAGGCUGUGAAAUUUUCAUUGGAAAAUUACCCCGAGACCUCUUUGAAGAUGAACUUAUACCCUUAUGUGAAAAAAUUGGUAAAAUCUAUGAAAUGCGGAUGAUGAUGGAUUUCAAUGGGAACAACAGGGGCUAUGCUUUUGUAACAUUCUGCAACAAACAGGAGGCCAAGAAUGCAAUCAGGCAACUCAACAAUUAUGAAAUUAGGAACGGUCGGCUGCUAGGGGUUUGUGCCAGUGUAGACAACUGCCGUUUAUUUGUAGGAGGAAUCCCUAAAGCCAAGAAAAGGGAAGAAAUCUUAGCAGAGAUGAAGAAAGUAACAGAUGGUGUUGUUGAUGUCAUCGUCUACCCUAGUGCAGCCGACAAAACCAAAAACCGUGGAUUUGCUUUUGUCGAAUAUGGAAGCCAUCGGGCAGCAGCCAUGGCAAGACGGAAACUGUUACCAGGAAGGAUACAGUUAUGGGGACAUCCAAUAGCUGUAGACUGGGCAGAACCAGAGGUUGAGGUUGAUGAAGAUACAAUGUCAGCAGUCAAAAUCCUCUAUGUGCGAAAUCUUAUGUUAUCAACCACUGAAGAGACAAUUGAAAAAGAAUUCAGCAGCAUAAAACCAGGGUCAGUGGAACGAGUAAAGAAAAUCAGAGACUAUGCAUUUGUGCACUUCAACAACCGUGAAGAUGCCGUAGAAGCCAUGAAAGUCUUAAAUGGGAAGGUGGUGGAUGGCUCUCCCAUCGAAGUCACCUUAGCCAAGCCAGUUGACAAAGACAGCUAUGUUAGAUACACCAGAGGCACAGGAGGGCGAGGAGCAGUGUUGCCAGAAUACACCUAUACGUUUGGGCCUGUAUAUGACCCUGCAGCCACCUAUCUGGGAGCACCGGUAUUCUAUGCACCUCAAGCCUAUGCUGCCAUUCCCAACCUUCACUUUCCUGCUGCUAAAGGGCAUCUCGCCAACAGGGGCAUUUUGAGGCCUCCAUCCAUUAGAGAAAUUUACAUGAAUGUACCUGUAGGGGCUGCCGGAGUUAGAGGACUAGGAGGCCGUGGCUACUUGGCUAACCCUGCCCUGGGUCGUGGAUACCAGCUCAAAGGAGAAAAAAGAGUCGAGGAGAAACUGUAUGACCUUUUGCCAGGAAUGGAGCUUACGCCAAUGAAUCAUGUCAGUUUAAAACCACAAGGAAUUAAACUUGCUCCUCAGAUAUUGGAAGAGAUCUGUCAGAAAAAUAACUGGGGACAGCCUGUCUACCAGCUUCAUUCUGCCAUUGGUCAAGACCAAAGACAGUUGUUCUUAUAUAAAAUCACUAUCCCUGCUCUUGCCAGUCAAAAUCCUACCAUGCAUCCCUUUACACCACCUAAACUCAGUGCAUAUGUAGAUGAAGCGAAAACAUACGCAGCAGAAUAUACUCUUCAAACACUGGGCAUUCCCACUGAGGGCACUGAGAUGCCUACUGCUACAGCGGCUUUUCCAGGAUACAUUGCUAGUGCAGCUGCGACUGUCGCGGCCACUCAGCUCAAGCAAGCAGUCACUCUAGGACAGGAUUUGGCCACUUACGCAGCCUACGAAGCUUACCCAGCCUUUGCAGUGGCAACUCGUAGUGACGGAUAUGGAGCUUUUUAACAAGACAUAUUUUGCUGCUGUAUUUAAAGCAACGGUUUCCUCCACCUUUAAUCAAGCUGUGACCUUGCAUAGGAGCUACUUCAGGCUAAUGAUUAGUUGGAUUCAGUGAUUUUGAAUUAAUAAUUGGGUAAAUUCUGAUGGAGCAAGGGUUCUUUGCUUUUAGAUUAACAGUUUAAUAACAGUAAGUAAUGGUAGAUGAUAUAUAUUUUUAAAAAUCCUUAAAAUGUGUGUUGGAUACCAGGAGAGGGAACUUCUAGGGAGCAUUGUUUGGUUUCUGUUUAUCGACAUUGGUGGCCAUUUCCAAUAGUGUUUUUAAUAGUAAAGUUGUAAUGUUAUUAUAUUUCUCUGGCUUUCUUACUGUAAAGUAUUUUAUAUUUGCUGGGGUGACAGCCAUAAUCCUAGAGCCAACAAGGUGCAACUCUUAAUGUGUGAAUGGAAUUAACAUACCUUUUAGAAAGUAGAAAUGGCAGUCACUGGGGGUCAGAUCUGAAUCAUGAGUGCAACUGACAGGCAGCAAGAAGUUAAUCCCUGUCAUGCCUGUGUUGGUCUGAAUGAAAAUGAUUUUCCCAAAUCUGCUAAUUGCAUUGGGAGGACCAUUACCAUUAGAAAGGAAGGGUUAAAUUCCUCCUUCAGUUCAGCUGCAAAUCCAAUUAUUUUCAGGUUUCCACAGUGACUGUUAUUUGCAUUUUUAAAAAAUAUGUACAUAAAAGCCAAGGCACAUCUAAUGCCCUGUCUGGUUAUGCUUUUAGCUAAAAAGGCAGAUUUCAUAUGUAUCAGUGUACACUGUGGCCCUGUCUGCCCUAUCCAUCAGUUACAGUUAUUGCCAAAAUUUAACAUGCAAUCCUCUGCAUGUCCAUUUGGAUGCACAUCCUAUUGCGUUCUAUGAGACCUGUUCCCUCAUAUGUGUGUAUUGGAUUAUAGCUCUUUUGUACAAGGAAAUGAACAGUGCACUCCUCUCCUUACCUGCUCAGAAGUAAAGCCCAUCAAAUUUGAAGAGACUUUGCACUCAGAUAAGAAUGCUCCAGUCUAAAAGAGGGGAGAUUUUCAAAUGUACAAAAGGAAAUCCUUGCCUUCUAUUACAGAAGGGACUGAACUUUUGCUGGUUCUGGGGGUCAGUGGACUGGGGUCAAUUAAUAGGUCCAUUGACCUAUUAAAAGAGUGAAUUGGAGUUCUUUGUGGGUUGCAAGACCAGCAAUUCACCUUUAUUUUUUUGCUAGGAAAUUUUAUUCAGGGACAAAAAAAAUAAGAGCCUGAUUGCUGCAGAAAUGCUUUUGUGGAUACCCCCAGACUAUUCUUUACCGGCUUUUGUAUUAGAGUUUUAAGAAUGAUUAAUUUUUAUAUUUAAAACAAAACAGUGUUUCUGUCUGUCAUGAUGGGAGGGGGGGAAAGAAGCACCAGGAAAAUGUUCAUAAAGAAAGAAAUUGUCCCCAUGAUCAUUUUCAGAUGUCCUCCUUCUUAAAAGUUUUCAGUAAUUUUAUUAGAAUUGCUGCAUUUAUAUAUUCAAAAAAGCCACACAUUCUGGUCCUGUUAAUCUUUACUUAAGAGCAAGUUCCAUAUUGUUCAAUAAUGCUUACUCCUAAGUAAAUUAUUGAAGCUUACUGGUAGGUUGCUACCACAAGCUAUUUUUAAUUGGAUUUCUGGGCAGUAUUGUAGAUCGACUCAAGGGCAGUUAGCAUCAAUGGUGUAUGUUGUCUUUUAAACAAUAUUUAAAGCAUUUUUAAACCCUUAGAAAAACUACAUAGAUGAGGAGGGACAAUUGAUAUAAAAAUGGUUCAAGCUUUCUAUUUUUCUAGAUGUGCAUCCUGUCUAAAAAGUGAUAUAACAUCUCGACAGUCUUCCAUUAAAUGGUUGAUUUGUGCUUUGGUUUAAAGAAGGAUGCAUUGUUUCCUCUGCCUCCAGACCACAGAUUGGGAAAUAACUUUUAAAAAGACUGAAUGUAGUUAUGUAUGGUUUCAGGAUGUCAUUAAGCAUAGUAAGAUGAUACAUUAGGUCCCAGAGCAUCACUCCUUAGUUAUGGAUGUUUUCACUGGGGCAUUAUGUUCAUACUUGUUAUUUUCCAAGAUGUCCCAAAUUAAUCCAAUUGUGGUAUGGGAUGAAGACAGAAUUGUUGAUUGUGGAUAUUAAGGAUGAAUUUGGUUACGACAGUGUAGUAGUUACAUCAAGCAUUUGAAACAGUCACACCUCCAACUAUCAGUAUUUACACACAGCAUCCAGUGUAGCUGAAAACUGACCAUGUUUUUCAUUUUGUUCAUUUAUAAAAUAUGCUCUUGAAAGUUGCUAUGUUAUAGAAACUGCAAUUAUUUCUUUCCUAUCCUGCUAUAAAUCAUUAAGAAAACAGGGAUGAGAGCUAAGAGCUUGGUGGGGGUGAGGAAGGUGGAUCCUUCAUAACUCUUGUCAUAUCAAAGUGAUUUCUUAGUUACAGGAAGGACAAACCUGUUUAUUGCUUUCUUGGCAGAGGUUCAAUGUACCAUUUAUUGACUUUUCAACAUGUUCCUGGCUCUCAUGUGCUUUCUGUUCUUGCAAAAAAUAGUCUUAUUGAGUGAAUACGACAUCCCAUAUCUCCAUUUUACUAUGAUUGUGGAACAGGAAGGGGCAUGGACACUAUCUGUUUUUAGCAGAUUCUUCAGAAUUAAGCUGGUGAGUGAUCCUUUGAUGGUUUCCAGUGGCAAAGAUAAUAGUUAUUGUGAUAAUCAAUAGUAUCUUUGUUGAAUGGUGUCAAUAAAAUGGACUUUUAACAGAGAUCCAUAAAUAACAGUUGCUAGAUAUCCAAUAAUGACUAUAAAUUUAAUUUCAGCUUCAAAUAUGUUUUUCCAUAAUAGUAACAGUGAGGGCUUGGGGUGAGACAAAGGAAGUUUAAGUUGCUGCUGGUAACUUAGGAAGGUGUCCUUUUCACAAUAGUACCAGGCUGAGUCUAGUAGUGAGAUUUGGGACUUUAUCGCACAAGGCUGCUAAAGUGGAAUUACAGCAGGAUUGUAGUGUUUGUGGCUGUACUUUAUCAUACAACACUAUGUCUCUCCUGUAACUGUUUUAUCUUCCUUCUGUUCCUGGAGUGCUCCUUUUCAUUGACAGGCAAAACCUGACACUGCCUCCCAGUCACACUGCUUUUCUGCUAUUGAUUCAAGUGUAAUAAGUUCCUCCUGCUACAGUUCCAAUAUGCAGGUAGUCACGUGGCAUAAGUAGGCGUGAUUAUGCUCCUCUCCCCCACCCCCAUAACUAUUCCCAAGCAGGCUGUUUUUAUUUUCUUUCUUUUUUUUUCUAUUUCUUUCCUUUCCUUUUCUUUUUAACUUAAAAAGUUGCUGUGUUUGCACAAUUGAACAUUUUUUAAAAAAUAAUAAUUGAGACUGAAAAGCAUGUUGGAAAGGGCAUAAGGCAGGAAGGCAGAUUUGUGAAGGCUGGUUUGCAGAAGACAGAGCCUGGGAUUAUAUCAGUACCAUGACACUUUUGAAGAGCUAUGCAAAAAUGACUGCCUGCAAAAGAUAUCCUCCCCAGCAUACCAUCUUUAAUAAGGAUUGAAACAACAUGCAGGCAUCUGACAAACAUCUCCAUUGCUUUUUCCCUUCUGUUUGGUUUGUAACAUCUUGCCUGAUGAAGAAGCCCAUGGAGCUUCGAAAGCUUGCAACAAGUAUAUUGUGCAUUUUGGUUGGCCAAUAAAGGUAUCACUGAUGGAUUUUUGUUUGUAUUUGUUAAAUAGCCAACACAGCUAUCCCUGUCUCCCAACUAGUAUAUUUACAUUUCCUACACUCACGCGAUAGUGGCGUCUUAGCAGCCUGGUGUGAUAAAGUCCAAAGGAUCAGUAUCACAGAUCCACUAUGAUACCUUGUAAAACUUCUUCAUUGGGCAACGGUUGCAAAAGGGCCAGAGUUAUGUUGCUUUGGUUAAGCAAGAUGGGAAAUCUGAACAUUGUUAGCUGCUAGAAACAAUGGUUGGUCUCUAAGGUCAACCACAAAUUAAGGACACCUAAUUUUAGUGGUGUAGUGAUUUUAGCACUGGACUGUGAGUCAAGGUUUCAAUUCCCACGCUGUCAUGGAAAUCCAUCAGGUUGCUCUGGGCAUGUGGCACUCCCUUAACUUUAAAGAAAAACAAUGGCAAACCUCCUUUGAAUAACUCCUGCCAAGAAAAUCCUAUGAUAGGGUUGUCAUAUGUCAAGGUAGACUUGAAGACACAGAAAGUAACAAUAAAAUUUUUAAAACUAUUGCAAGACUCUUUGUUGUUUUGCUGGCACAGUCUUACAUGGCUAUUCCUUUGAAUCUUGCUCUCAAAUGCAUACUGUUUAUGCAUACAAGGUUGCUUCUGGGUCUAAACACAAGCUCUCGUAACUUUUUCCAUGUCUUUUAGCAUUACUCUUAAACUUAGAAGCCCAAAGAUAUUUUAUAAAGUGUGAUAUAUAAAUAGGAAUUAGAAGUGCCACUAUCAAUCAAUAUUUCAGUUCUCUUAUGACUAUUCAUUUUCAGAGCAAGCAGAAACCAAUUCUCAAGCACAUUCGGGAUUCUCAGAAUUAUUCCAAAGCUGUUGACAUUGCAUGCAUGCCUUAUUUUGCUAUCAGAUAAUUUAAUUUAGCAAAGUCCACUGAAUUUAAUUUAGCAAAGUGUAGUGAAUUUAACCCAGGUUCCAUGCCCUCCUAAGUUCCUUUUUUAAAUGUUCAUACUUUGAUAUUUGCACAGAGGGAAAGGUUAAAAUCAAAGCCCUUGGACUUGGGAUUAAAGAAUCUGUUGUAUUGUUUUCCCUUGUCAUCUCUGAAUGUAUCAGACCAUGCUCUUAUAGCAGCCAUUAUAUUCAACAAGUGGUAAAUCUCCAAGGAUUCAGGAACAUAUUUUCCCAUCCUGGCUACGUGAAUUUCUUUUUAAAUAGAAAAGAAGCCAGAGUUCUCCUAUUAAACCCAGAAUGGGUACUGUGUCGACCUUUUGUUGCACAACAGCUCCCAGUCAUUUCUCAGCAUACAGAAAAAAGGAUAUUGAAUGUGAAUUGUAAUCCAAAAACCUCUGGAGAGUUCCAAGCUGUUGUCGUCACAGUUGUUGCUGUUGUGGUGGUGGUGGUUGUGUGCCUUCAAGACAAACCUAUCACAGGGUUUCAUCGGCAAGUUUCUUUGAAGGGUGUUUUCCAUUGCCAUCCUCUGAGGAAGAGAGAGUGUGACUUGCCCAAGAUCAACCAGUGGGUUUCAGUGGCCCAUCUCACCCCUGUAUUCCAUAGAUAUUUUGAAGGGCCAGAUUGUAGUAAUUACACAACCUCCAAACUUCCUUCCCCAGCGAUCCAGCUCUGUGCAGUGGAAUCACCACAUAUAUAGCGGGUAUCUCUAUGCACCAGUACAGAAUUUAGAAGCCCUGUGUUUGUGUUUACACUGGCAUAAAGUUCUUUUAAAAUCCAAAGCAUGGAAAUAAUAUGUCUGAAGUAACAUUACCUAUAGCCUGUUUCUUUUGGAGGUAAGAAAGACAUGAUGAUAUGCAAGAUUGCUAUUUUUUCAUGUAAUGAGUGACAUUUACUUUUACUUUGGGGCAAAAAAAAAAAAAGGUAGAAUUUUGAUGGGAUCCUUUGCUCCUAAUUUUAGGCAAUUUCCUUACAAUAUAGUUCCCCCCCCCCCCAAAAAAAAGGAACUAAAAAUAACAAAGGCAAUCAGUAAUGUGAUACAUUACCUUUAAAGUGCUAAUGUUAAUGGUAGUAUAUAUCUUUGAGAGUAUGUUAUAAUAUGUUAUCCAACAAGUUACUUUUUCUACCAGUAACUUUCCAAGCUGUGACAAGAUCCCAUGUUGAGCUGCUAAUAUCAAGAGUCAUAAUGUGGUAAAACAUGCCAUGAUGAGGUUUAUUUAACAAUAGUGUCCAUGUAUCCUAAAUCACUCUUGUUAAUUAUACACUUGUGAAAAAUGUUGAGAUUACUAUAGUCAUACAGCUAACAUUAAUGGAAAGUAGCUCUAUUUGGUUGAAAUGGUUUUUUAGUUUUAUUUGUUAACUAUGUACUGCCCUCUCCCUUGCACAAAGUAUUUAUAGACCGUGAUGUAAAGCAGGUGCCGAAGACACAGAAACAGUAUUAAAAGUGUGUGCGUAAAAGCACUUAUAUUUUUCGUACUUGUAGUACAGUCUUUGUAUAGAAUUGCAGUACUGUGAAGUCAUAUAUAACUAGCUUUAUUUGGAACAACCAGUUGUUUUGAUAACAUUGUUCAGCUGGCAUCUCUUGAAUUGUGAACCACGAAUUGAGGAAAAAAAUGUGUCAAAUUAGAUUCUGUAUUUUGUUAAUCAAGUGAUUAAACUAUUAAGACAUUAUUAAACUUCCUGAAAAAUGUAAAA